UUGUUUCCCCAGCAGUGUGUAGGGGCGGCCGCGGGGCUCCACUGGCUUGCGUCUGCCUUCUCAAGUGUCGCCUAUUAUAGAUUGAUCCGCGUUAAACUCCACACAGUUCAGAUAGAUACGUGGUGUAGUGUUGUCAGGUGAGCUUGGUACCUGUGUGUGUGUGUGUGUGUAGCAGUGUUGCCCCGUCCCUGUGAGGCCUCUCCCUGCCCCUGCUGCAUCCCCCGGUGGACUCAGGCUCGGGGGAAAGCACGUGCUGAGUGAACUCAUGAUGCAGGAUGGAUACAGACUGUCUACAGGAAGAGAUUAGUGUUGCCCCAGAGAGGACGCCAGCAGUGAGCACCAGUCCUGAGCUUCACCGCCGGGAAGACAGGGAUGCUGGAGGGACGCAGCACAACACUCACCAUUGGAAUGGCAAGGGGGAGGGUGGGGAGGCAAGCACAGCAUCCCGGAUAGAGGCAGCUAAACGGUCCCUAGAGAGGGCCAUGAAUGGGGAUGCCACAGGGAGGAGUAGCAAAGAUGAGGAGGAGUUCCCAUCAGUCUCAGAAGUGAAGGCACUGAGGGAAGCUGGCCUCACCUCCUCACCCUCUCCACAUUUCAAAAGCUCAUAUGCCAAGUCACUGGCAGACUCGUACAGACGUGCAAGCAUACCCGUUGUCAUAUCGUCUCCAAAGGGACAGUUCUAUUUCAAAAACGAUGAAUUUUUGAGUUUAAGUUCAAGACCGGUAAGACGUGCAGACAGCAACCAUGAGAAGUAUCACAGCUUGAGUAUGAAUGGUGACAGUAGGGCAGCAUUGGGUCAGAACCAGGAGCCCCAGUCACUCCCUCCCAUCAUAGACUCACAUGAAUUGAAGAAACACCUGGAGACAGAAAAAAACAAGGGAAAACCAAUUCUCAGCUUCCCAGACACCAGCAUGUUUGGAAGAUUCCUGGAGCAGGAUGUGUUUGUGCCUCAUGAGAAGCUGCAGCAUAUCCAGGAGGAGGUUGGUGGCAGGCUGACCAAUGAGGACUGGAAUAAUCUUGGCUCCAUCUCCACAAGUGAUGGCAGGAAGCUUGUGAAACUGUCAGAUAUACGAGCCUUACUACGGCAGCAGGACCAGGAAGGCAGGACCCUGAAUGGCCACUCACUACUCACUGGUUCUGGAAAGGACUCACAGAUGGAGAGUCUGAUGGUGGAGCGUGGCCAGCUGGGGGACAGAGUGGACCAGCUGUGCCGUGUGCUGGCUGACCGGGACUCCACCAUUCAGCAGCUGGAGGAGGACCUGCUGCGAGUCAGAAUGGAGUGCCAGCGUCUGAUGGUGGACAACCGCAGCCUGAAGAGUAGUGUGGGACCAGCAGCGAGCCAGACACAGCCUGCAGUGACAGACUCCUCCCCACAGGUGUCACAGCUGCAGCAGCAAGUGCAACUGCUUACUGCACAGCUCAAUAAGGCAGAGCAGAGCCGCCACACAUACGAGGCGGCCACCAGGCAGCUCGUGGAUUUCCUUCAUACUGUAAACUCCACCCUGAACAAUGCCAGCCACCUGCACCCUGGCCACAGCCCCACCAUCAGCCCCACCUGCUCCCUCAACUCCUCCGCCAGCACCACCACCACCAAGACCUCCUCCAGCGUCCCUGCCGAGGCUGAGGAUGACCCGCCCUAUAGGUUGGGUCGGCCCAGCACGCCGCCAGUGGACCCGCCCGCCUCACACUCUACGCCUGCACACAGGAGGAAUGCGGAGGCCAUGAAGAAGGCAGGCAGUGUGUGGGCGCUGCCGACUCAUAACUAUCAGCUCAAAAAGGUGAGCCGGGCUGCCAGCACCCACUGUGUGGCGACUGCUGCCUCAAGCUACCACAGUGAGCCCACAGCAGCAGCAGCCGCCUCACCAGGGCACGAGAGGACAAGGCCACUCACCACGGACUUCCUUGCCUCCCGCGCCAGGGAACUCCUUGCCUCACUCAAGUCUCUCAUGAGAAGUGACAGUGUUUUGAAGCUCAACUUGGAACCAAAGAAAUCCACCAGUGGGAGGAACAGACACAGCAGCAGCAGGAGCACAAAGACUGACACCACUCCCACACCAGACACCGAGACACCAGCCAAGACCCCCACCAUCAUAACAAACCCCCAGAGUGAAGAGGCUGAAGGCUGCAGGAGACCCACCACCCUCAGUUUGCCCGGCAGUGUAGCAGGGAGGGAGAGAACCAAUGCAGUGCCGAGCGAAACCAAUGCUAGUCCGACAGUAAGUCAAAACCCUGAUGCCGCGAGUACAGCCACAACGCCACCCCCAAGAAUUGGAACGGGUAAGACCAGAGAAGACACACUCCUAGCCCAGUCAUCUGCAGUGAAUGGCAACCCACAGCCACUCAGCCUCAUGGUGGUAGGUGAACACCCCUGCACCCCAGGCGACAGCCGCUUCUCUUCCCUCCCAAUCCGCAACCACCUCUCAAGAACUCUCACUGACGCGGACCAACGGCUGGUGUGGGUGUAACUCAGACCACGGAUGUUUGGUGAUGGUGGUGGUGGUGGUGGUGGUGGUUGCCUCUCAUGCAUGAAUUUCAAGGGGUGUGGAUGGUAAACAUGUCUAAGGUGCAGCAUCCUUACCUGAAUCUCUCAGUCUUAAGGCUGCUUUGGUGUUUAACAUUUAUGGGUACCAUUUUUUAUCUCCUAAUUAUUGAUGAUGUAUUUAUUUUCACUAUAUGACCUUUGCUGCACACAUAGAGCUGUCUGUCUGUAUGUAUGGUGGGAUGACGUCCCCCAGAGGGGCAUUGCUGAGAUCUGGAAUACAAUUUCAGAAUUUUUCCAUCACAACUGCAAUGUGUGCCCAGGCCAUGUCUCUCCCACCACAGAGGGACUGGUAGUUGUUACUGUUUGCAGGAAGUGUUCUUUACAGCCAGUCAUUGUCUCCAGUUGGUAGUGGGUUGUGGAACUUCAGGUGUCUGUUAGGAAAAUUAAGUGUGUGCUUGUAAAGUUUCUAGAAUAAUCUUAGGUAAAGUUAUCCUCAUUCAGUCUUUAAAUAUUUGUGUUUGGCAAAAGAAUCAAUGCUAUUCAAAAUUGAGGUUGAAACAGAAGAUAAUUGUGCUGGUGCUCCUCCUCUGUGUCUUGCUUCAGUGCUGGAGGGUCUCAGCAGGGGUGACUAGCAGAAAUGCUGUCAAGUUGUUGCCUUCAUCUCUUCACUCAGUACAUUACUCUUCACUCUCUCAUCCUCUGUCUGUCCUCAUAAUAAUGUGUCAUUCUGCUAUCAUUUAUAUUCUAAAGUCUCCCACUCAUUUUUCUCUUUUUUACUCGCAAACAUCUGAAAAGAAAACGUCUAACCUUUCUAUCCUCUAGAUACAACUUUGCCCUCCCUUAUUGUUUUUCUUUUCUUUCUGCAUUUCUAGAAUUCCCUAAGUUUUAGAAGAUAUUUGUUCACACUUACUUCACACUCUUUUUUUCUACUAUGGACAUUCAGUUUCUCAGUGGCUGACCAGCUUUCUUAUUUGAGUUUUAUAUUCCCUCACUUGAAAUAAGCAAGGGAAAUAUGAGUUGGGAUUGAGGUGACUAAUGCUUCAUCACAAAGACCAAGAAGAAUUAUUUUUUUAACAUUUUCAGGUGACAUUCUUGUUUGUCUCAGUCAUUACAAAUAAUUCAUUGGCCAGUGAGUCACAGAGGAGUACCAGACUCUUUUGAGGUAUUGAUCUUCACUUGCACUUAAUGCAGUUCUCAGCAAGUCUGAUGUUCUCAUGCUGGGUGAAGGUUUUAGAAUAUAUAUUUCAACUGGCAUCUGAAAGUAUUGCAUACCUUUUGUACUGGAAGGAAGAAGGAUUAGGAUGGACAAGCUAUUGCAAUGGGACAGCCAAGAGCACAGACUGUCAAAGGCUUGUGUACUUAUUGUGUCUUCUUUAUGAAACUUCCAGAGCAGCUGAUGUCUUCUCUUCUGAUGGUGACUUCUGAACCUCAAUUCAGACCAACUUCCAGUGACCUUAUAUACUUUACAUGUUUUUGGUUAUAGACAAAUGUAGGAGUAUUUAGUUUCCCUAAAAAGGAACAUGUUGUAUGACCACAAGAGAUCGACCAUGUACACUGUUCUUCGCAGCCAAGCCAAGGUGUGAGAACUUGUCAGUGAGGAUUUAAGUGUCUUAAUGGUGGUGUGUUGUGUUGGUACUUGCACUGCACAGCUGCUGGAGAAAGAUGGGAGGUGCUCAGACACACCCAUGUAUUGCUUUAGGUGAUACAUGAGCUUAAGAUUAAUUUCUUAAAAAGAAAAUUAUACCUACUGUAUGUUUUUCGUGUAGUAUGGCUGGCCAUUACCCACCAGUAGCCAAAUUCUUGCCUAUGUGUGCUUCAGUACUUUCUUGAUCAGCUGUGCUGCAAUUAUUCCUUACCAGUAGCUUUGUGAAACACAUUAAGUUUUAUCAUGCUUGAUAUGAUGUUCAGCAAGAACUGAUUUUAAAACAAAAGGAUCUACAAUUAAUAUGUAGAUUACUUCAUAAUUUCAUUUAUGUAUUAUAUUGUGUAACUGUGUAAGUAUGUCAUUCUAAGACACACUUGGUUUAAUGUCAUUACAAUUCUGUAUUUAAAUCAGUUCCUGCUUCUAUACCAAAGAUAUUGUCUGGUGAAGUCUGGUUUAGGCUUUUUGCUGCUGAGCCUGAAGUGUGUGAGAAAGAUCAAUGAUGUGUUCAUUGUAUUUUCAUGCAGUAAGGCAACCUACACCAUCACCAAGGACAAGAGGCAAGGUGUGUUUUAUGUCUACUCACAUAGGGAACAGAACAGUUGUGUACACACUACUAAUCAAAUAAUUGGACAUGUCCUGUUCUCAUCAGUCAUUCAUAUAAUGGGACUUUUUCUGAAGGAGAGGACCUGCUUGUAGUAGAAUAGUGAAUAUUGUGAGAUCUGAUUUAACAUAAGCAUUACUUCUAUCCAUAUCAUAAGCACAGACAGCACACAACUUUAGCAAACAGUAAUGAUGUGAGUAGUGGUACGUGGUGCUGCUCUGAUGUCGAGCUUACACCUUGGCCUGCAGACAGAUGAUGGGCAUUAGCAGCCUGCCGAUAUGACAAGAAUCAUGAGUGUCAGCCUCCAUUAGGAGUGUGUGUUUGUGUGUGUGUGUGCACAUGUGUGUAGAAGUUAGAAUGUAUUAAAGGAAUAUGUACAAUCAUCGGUAUUUGAUGCAGCUCUGUUCAGUCGUCCCAAGGAGUGAUGUCACAGUUCAGUGAAUUUUGUAUCAGUAAACAGAGUAGAAAUUGAUAUGCAGACCAUCAAGCUGCUUUGCAUUCAGAGUUCUGCAAAAACCAAGAAAAGCUGAGAUGCAGUAGGUGGAGUUAGUUAUCAGAUGCCUCCAGACACAGAGUUUUUGUACAAAACAUUGUGUAGAGUAAAGCAUCACUUCUUAGGGCAAUUGUACAUGUUAUCUUUUGUCACUAAGGACAUGUUAUUUUUAAACUGCAGUACUGAAUGGGCAUUAGUGUUUACUGAUAGAAAGUCGUUUGUGUUCAUUUGUUUGUUGUGUUGAGCAAGGUUAUAAUAGGCAGGAGAGGAAGGUGGUGUGUGUGUGUGUGUGUGUGUGUGUGUGUGUGUGUGUGUGUGUGUGUGUGUGCGCGCACCCCUCUCCCUUGAAGACUUUGUAAGGAAGAGUUGUUGAUCCCAAGGAUUGUGUCUUUAGUCACUGAUAUCAGUCUGCUCCACAAGAAAACCUCUGAGUGUUGUAUGACAACAUUGGUUUGGUAAUUAUGGAACAUUGUAUAUGUAUAUUUAUUUGUGAUGGAAUGCUUUGUUUUUAGGAGUGACUUGGUUGUUUGGUGAUGAGCUGGUGGUGCAUGCAUCAAGAAGUGGAAGUCUCUUUAUGUAUUGCUUUGAAGGAUAACCUAUUCUUGAAUCUCCAUCAUGGUGUCUGAUGAGCUAUUCAAUAAUACUGUAGUAGAGUACCUCUUAAGAAUUCAACUCUGCAAUAACCACAGACACAAAGCUUGUAGGGACCCACUAAGCUUUCUGAUCCGUCCAUAGAUUGUAGUAUUCCUAGGGUGCUGCUGAAGUGCUUUAUUAACAGAGAUUAACACGUCAUCACUUGAAGGUUAUGUCUGACACAAACAUUUGUGCUGCACAGCUCCUAUGCCGUCCUUGUGGCAUGUAUGCCUAUCUAACAGAGUACCUAAGCCUUGCCUGGUGAGCUUCUUGCCAGAUCCGAAGUGAAGUAACAAAUCUGGCAUAUGUUCCUUUUAUUUAUUUUCUUUUUAUUCCUCCCACCCUGUCUUUCCCUGCACUAUGUGACAUUUUAAGUUUUUAGUUGUAUUUUCUUUCCGUGACAUUAUGAGUGGCGGUGUUUGUGCCUCAGUUGUGGGUUGUGUCUUAAAAUGGAAGCUAAAGUUGAAAAGUCAGCAAAGUGCCGUUAGUGGGAAUCAGUCAUGAGCAUCUGUCAUGGAAUUUUUGUACUGUGAAUCACGUCCUGCAGCAGGUGUGAGGAGGCAGGGCCAGCACUGUCUGGCAUAAAGAUUGGCCAUUUGAUCCUUCCCAAUGUUUUGUGUAAGGGUAGAAAUGGCGCUCUUCCUUUGACCUCAGCAGAGCCACAUAACCUUUGUAGGUUAGCCUUUGAAAUCUCGUUUGACCGUGUACAGCAUCUCGUACAUGCUCUACUGAGUUUAUAAAUUCAUGUUUGUAAUAUACGGCAAACUAGGAAAAAAAAAUAAAAUAAAUAAACCUCUUUAUGCUGUAUAGGAAUCUCCAUAGAUACUUUGUCUAUAUAGAAAAUGCUAACUGGUAGUUGAAAUACAUGCUUGUGUAAAUGUAUAAAGUUAAACUAAAGACAACAAUAGCAGAUUUUGAACAAUUAAGAUAGAUAGGCAGAGCUGUAGAUGCCGAGUAGAGCAGCUCUGUCCAGUCAGCAAAUGUAGAGUGAAACAUUUGUCUGCCUCAGCCAGCCUGGGGGACUUGCAGCGUGUGAUCACAUCUUGUUUAGUCAUACUCAGCUAACAUGCCCCACUCACUCCCAAUGUAUUUAGUGUUUUUCCUCAAUCUCGAUUCAUCUGAUAUGAGAAUGUAACAAAACCUGACGAGUGACAGAUUCUCAGCAGAUCAGAGAUACAGAGUGAGGGAAGAUGCUAAACACAAUAGAAGAGUGACAGCCUGCUGGCCGCGUGGCCAUGACUGCCUCCCUCGCCAGAAAGUGGUGCAAGAAAAACUACAUUGAGAUGGAGUCAUUCUCAAUUCAGUUCAAGGAAAUCUUUACUUUUUUUUUCCCAUGUGUUCCUUUAUAUCUCAUUUUGGCUUAUUCAAAAUUCAUAUGUGAAAUAUGUUAUUUUGAUGCUUGUUUUGAGACUAUUUAUUAGACUACUUAACCAUUUUAAUGACUAUACUACGAUAACAAUAGUAUAUUACAAGUUUGCCUGUGCAGCUAACAUUUGUAGUGAAUUACUUAUUAUCAGGUAGACAAUGAUGCACUGUACUAACACGAGCAUGAGUAUUGAUUGAUUGUAACACUCCCCAGUACGUACUGCAACACCUGUAGUGCCAGAACUGACAUUAACCAACGAUGCUGCAAUUAAGUCCCAGCGUGUUAAUUGUCCAGUGUGUUCAAUUUCCUGAUUGCAGUAUUUAUUGUGUAUUCUGUUGUGGUAUUAUCCUUGUAUGACCAUUUCCACUGUACCAGCUGUCACCGGCUGCGUGACUGAAGGGAAGGUGUGUCUGUGCUGCGUGCGUUGUUUCGUAAUGUCCCUUCAGUUUAGGAAUGUUUACGUGACGGUGGCGUGACGAUUAGUAUUAGCAAACCUUAUGGAUUCAGUCACUGUUCAUAUGCAGCUUGCCUCGUGCAUUAUAGUAUUUAGUGACAGCAGCGCGGGCAUCAGGGCCAGUGCCACGUCCACGGGGUAAAUAAUAUGCGAGGAUUAUGAAAUCCCAGAAAUCGGAUGUGCCUGGAAAAAUAACUGACGUCAGACAGGUUUCCUCAUCGCCUGGUGGGGUCCGACACAGUACGGGGGUGUCUCGGUGACGCGACGCCUCACGUGUUGCAUCCUUCUCUAGGAGGAUCUGAGUUUGAAUAGUAUGAGGCGUGGGCAUCAACACUUACUGCGUUACAAGACACCAGGUUAAUGCUAUGCAUCCAUUGUUGAGAUGACAGUGUUGCCACCUCGAUGCGGUCUUCGCUUCCCGCGGAGGUGAGGCAUUUCAUAUUCACGCAAGACUCGGCGGCCUCUCGCGCCUUAGGUUUCUGCACCACAAAGUCAGGUCAGCUUUAAUUGAAAAAAGGGGGGAAAAAUCUGUACCGCCACCGGGGAGGCGCCCAGGAGGUGAGGUGCGUGUCCGCGAGAGGCGACCAGUCUUGCCGGUAUUUUAGAAAUGAAGUCAGUAUUUUUUUAUAGUAUUCGAAAUUAAAAAUUAAAGAAAA